AUGGACAAAGGUUCUUCCCACCGUGCUGCUCGGCAUCCGUGGCGAGAGGAUUUGGGAGCGACCACAGCCGACCUUUUCUACGGCGAGUCAAUUCGGUUGCCCGGAGAGUUCUUGGCUUCAAGAGCACUCCCAGAAGGCGACGCGGCCGAAUACGUCAAAGAUUUAAGGCAGCACUUUCGAAGACUCCGCCCGACAAACGGCACCCGCCACGGCGAACGGCGGACCUUUGUGUUCAAAGAUCUCAGUACGGCGGACCAAGUAUUCGUGCGCCACAACGCACCUGGAGGAACCCUGCAGCAACCGUAUGACGGACCCUACAAAGUGGUCAGCCACAAACCGAAAACAUUCGUGGUUCACAUCCGAGGUAGGGAUGUAACCGUGUCUAUCGAUCGGCUGAAGCCCGCCUACAUCAUUUCAGAAGACGAGGAACCAGAGAAGGUUAACUCGCUACCAAUCGAGCAGCGUUUGGAGAACUCCCCAACUUCCAGCACAUCAUUGCAACCGUCCGUGCCAUCGGAGCUGGAUAACCCAGAAAAUUCAGCAAGGGGGACCGACCCACCAACCGCCCAGGAGCCGACCAAGACCGCUCUACGGCAAACCACACGAUCGGGCAGACGAGUGCGAUUCCCGGACCGACUUCAGAGCGGUUUCUCGUGA